AUGAUGGAGAAUAAUAACGAAAACGAGGAGAAACCACUGCUUUUUACUUUAAGAAGAUUUCAUCUCUCUGAAGAUUAUGGCUUCCUUCUUCCAAAUCCUCUGAGCGAACUCCCUGCUCCCUAUGGGCCUUGGAUGGAGAUUGCCAACAACCUGCCUCACCUGAUCCAGAGCCAUCAGCUCCGUUCACAAGUGUACAAGAUGCCCCAGCUGAGCAGUCAGCAUCUCAAAGGGCACCGAGAGCUACACUUGGCCCACCUUGCACUCAGCUUCAUCACGAUGGGGUUCGUCUGGCAAGAAGGAGAGGAGGAGACCAUCAAGCUUCUGCCACGAAACCUUGCUGUUCCCUACUGGGAGAUCUCUCAGAUGCUGGGACUGCCUCCUAUCCUGGUUCAUGCAGAUUUUGUGCUAGCGAACUGGAAGAAAAAGAAUCUUAAUGGGCCUUUGGAAAUUGAGAAUCUGGACACCAUCUUUUCACUGCCUGGCGGAGAGAGUUUGAGAGGAUUCAUUCUAGUUACUCUCCUUGUUGAGAAGGCAGCAGCGCCUGGGGUUAAGGCCGUUGUUCAGGCAGGUAAUGCCAUCCUGCAGCCUGACAAAGAGGCCCUGCAUAAGGCCCUGCAAGAGAUGGCAAAGGCCAUUAAAGAGAUGACUGAUGCUUUGAAACGGAUGCACGACUAUGUGGAUCCAGCAAUAUUUUAUGCCGUGAUCCGGAUCUUUCUGUCUGGGUGGAAAGAUAACCCAGCAAUGCCAGGAGGGCUGAUAUACGAAGGAGUUUCUGAUGAGCCUAUGUCAUAUUCUGGAGGGAGCGCAGCACAGAGCACAGUACUUCAUGCCUUUGAUGAGUUAUUAACAAUUCGUCAUAGCAAGGAAAGCACUGCAUUUCUACACCGGAUGAGGGACUACAUGCCACCCCACCACAGGGCCUUCAUAGAAGAAAUCCAGUCUGCCCCUUCACUGAAGCAACAUAUACUGUCCUCUGGAAAUGAAAAGCUGCGCAUAGCUUACAACCAGUGUGUGUCCAUUCUGGCAGACUUGAGAACCUACCACAUUGCUAUUGUCACCAAGUUCAUCAUCACAGCAGCCGCUAAUGCCAAAGCCAAGAAAGGAAAGCCAAGCCACUGGGUGGGCAACCUUCAGAUUAACCCGCCUUCGUCGUUACAAGAGAGGGGCACCGGCGGCUCAGGCAUCCUGAGCUUCUUGAAGAGUGUCAGGGACACGACGAGAGCAGGGAUAAUACAGGGUUAA